AUGUUUGAAGAGCUCCGCUCUAUACUUAUCGCUAUGAAAGAACGACGAGGCGAGUGCCAGAAGGUUUCGCUGGCAACAACUGUUCGUGUUUCCGAUAGAAUCUCACUCCUGGAGCAGUACCAUAACUACGUCAAAGACAACGACAUAUACUAUAUCGCGAGCCUUCUGGACCCUCGAAUCAAGACCAAGUGGCUCAAAACGCUACCAGAUGGAGAGAAGAUUAUCGACCGAAUCAAAGCAUUCCUGAAGGGACCAUAUCCCGCCCCAAAACAGCCUGGAUCGACUGCUCCAGGCACCAGUUACAAGAGCUUCGAAUAUCGAUUUCUGGAGGACUUUCAGCCUACUCAGUAUAACGUUGCUAAGUCUUAUAUCGACCGGUAUUUUGAUACUCCUACAAUCAGUAUUGGUUUUGAAACAUACCAGAGCCAGACUGAGUUUAUGCGGAACUGGUGGAAGGCCAACAGGCUUGAAUUUACCUGUAUGGCUAAAGUGGCACACGAUCACCUUGCUAUACCAGCAGCAGAGGUAGAUAUCGAGAGAUUAUUCAAUGGCGGGAGAGAUUUAUUGGGAAUACGACGUUUCUCUAUGAAAGGCAAGACUCUUGGGACCCUAAUCAGGCUGAAAGAUGCUGUACGUUGGAAGGCUGAAUAG